AUGAAUCGCUUUCGAAACAAGAAGAAGGGCCGGGAUGACAACUCUAUUGGUGGCCGCCCAUCGAUAGAUACCGAACCGUCUGGUCCAUUCCGAAUGUUUGGCAAGAAGAAGACGCAAGAUGACGAACCCAAGAAGGAGAUCGACCUCGCCGCAGCCUUGCCACCUAGUGAUGAUUUUCGUACUAGCCUCCUAAUGACAGGCUUGUCAGCCCGUUUUUCAAUGCUUCGAGAACAAGAUGACCCGAAUAGCAAGCUCGGUAAGGCCAGCGAUGACAGUGUCCUUUUCCCAAAGCGACAGUCACGGCUGGCGGACUUGGGCGGCUUCGGGGCCGGACUUGAUGACAUUGCCGAAAUUGAAUCGUUGAAAGCACCUCGUAUGGGCCGAUUCGACCCGUAUCAGUCGGAUGAUGCAUCUUCAACGACAGGUAGCAUAAUGGGCCGCUCCAAACCGACAGAGGGCAACAACCUUUUUGGUGGCCGACAGAAAAUCUACAAACUUACAGCCGGUUCUAAAGCUGGUAUGACUGGCAGAGCCCUCUAUGACGACGAUGUAGCCCAAUCUUCAUUUCAGAAAUGGCGGCAAGCGGAGAAGGAACGCAAAUCAAUGGAAGAAGAUCGGAACAACGAUGCUUUGGACGCUGAAUCAACUCUCAAUUACAACCGACGUCGUGAGACCAGUUCGACUACAUCAUCAGUUCCAUCCGGGGCCCGAAAUUCAACGGCGGCCACAUCAAUCGCCUCUCAGCCAUCCUCAAUCAAAGACAGUCAAUCCAGCAAUCACCUGGCAGGUCUUGAGCGAAGUGUCACUCGAACUCGCCGGCUUUACGAACAGGGCUUGAACCAAGAUUUGCACGACCAACAGUCCUCCGCAGUGUCAAGAAUGGAUACUCUGUCACGGCAACGCCCCUUUGGUUCACGGACCCCAGAUCCAAUGUCAUCAAUUACUUCACCCACAAACACAGCAUUUGGCGAUCGUAGCUCAGAUCGCCGCCCCAUCCUAUCCAAGGCCAGCGCGCCUAAUCUGCGAUCCUUUAGUCCGUCUAUGAUGACUUCAGCUCAAACGAGUCCUGCCGAUUCAACCAGCAAAUUCACGAGACAAGAAUCAAAGCCUAGCUUUGUAGCGAGUCCCCCUUUGAGCCCGCCUAUUAGUGAACACGAGGAGCAUCCCGCUCUGGCCAUCCAACCCAACGACCGUGGUAAGGCAACAGCGAUGGGGGUAUUUAAUCGACCUGCAAUGCAAUAUGAUGAAUCUCGCUACGCACAAAGACAACGCCAGCUUCAGCAAGGUCGAGAUCCAUCCACCUCCAGCACAUUCUUCGACGAUAGUGAUGAUGGCUCCUUGGACAACCGAGUCAUUCCUCCGGCGGCCACCCCUCAGCUCACGAUUGAGCGACCAGAUGAUCACGAUCAUCCUGCCUUUCGCAAAUCUGCCCUUCCAACCCCCUUGUCACUGACAUCUCCCAAAGAUUCUGAGGAUGGUGACUCUCUUUCCCCAGCUUCACGGACCGAACCCCCAGAAGAUUCCCCCACUCUGGGCCCCAAUGCAGGUUUAAGUGGCAUGGUCCGACAACACCUUCGGCACGAUAGCAACGCAUCCUCCGUGUACGGACCGAUGAACCAUGAAGUAGAGUCUGGCGACACUGAGAGCAGAGCCGUGCUUCCUGUGAGAAAUGGCGUCCAUGAUGUCACCGACGAAAGCACAGCAGACCUGGAUGAUUUUGCCCAGCACCUGGCAGAUGGUGCCCGGCGUGUUCGUGAGCGGCUGACAACAUAUGUUGAGUCCGAUCAUGAGCGUUCUGCGCCUCCCACUCCCCCUCAGUCCGACCACAACAAGGAGCUGGCUACGUCUAGGUCAGGCGGUCUCGGCAUGCUAAGGUCGAAAUCAAGCCGAGGAUCGCUGUUUGAGAAGGCCGAGAGGGAGCGUGGGCGCAGCAAGACCCUUAAGUCCUCGGGAUCGCCACCUAAUACACUGGGCACAUCGCCUUCCCCAAGAAAAGCUUCAAGUAGCCGGGCAGGAUCACGUAACGGCGAAAUUGCCAGCAAGCCAAGCGAAGCAUCUCCGGUUGAAAAAGAGGAGAAUGUCCACGUGGGCCUCAAGGCCUUCCGUCAAGCACGCCGGGAGCUACAGAAGAUGAAGGAGCUGGAAGUACAACAGCGACAUACCCAGAAGCCCGGCCCUGGUCAAGAACGCCCACCAAACAGUCGGGUAGCGUCAUAUGAGAAUGGACCGCCACCUGCGAUUUUCAAUCGAAUGCCUCGAGACGGUGAGAGUUACGGAAGUCGAUCUAGAGCAGGUUCUCGAGCCGCCUCAGAGCGCGAGCGAAGUGGUUCUGAAGCCAGCAAUGGUGGUCGCGCUUAUAGCCGUGGCCCCCGACUUCGCAACGGCUCAGCGACAUUCGAAGAACACUAUGGUCGGCCAGGUGUGAACGGCUCCCCGGGGCCAGACCUGCGACGCCAGCCCAUGGAGUCACCUGGCAUGUCUCCCUACAUGGCCUCUGGGCAUUCACCAGUCGGAAUGAGCCCAAGCCACAGCGUCGGGGGAUUUGAGGCCCCUGGCAGGUACUACCCCCCCGGCAUGCAGUCUCCCCAACAGCCAGACUCGGCUCCUUAUUCCAGAAGUCGUAGCGGCAGCCUGCUCGGUGCUGCUGCAUCGACUCCAAACUUGCAUGGCAGCGCAGCGGCACCACCUUUACCGCCAAUCAACCCGCGACGAAAAAACGGCUUCCCGAGACAAGGUGACGAGGCUCCGGGACUACACCACCAUAACGGACCGUAUGCCGCGGGAGAUGGAUAUGCCGGAGACGACGAUGGCAGCCCCGAACUCUACAGAGGCCGAAUGCCCAUGAAAGGACCGCCCAGGCAAAGCCCCCCUCGCAUUGUCCGACCAGGGAUGCCGCCCUCCAACAUGUCAAGCGCCAGUCUACCUGGAGGCAUGAUUUAA